UUUAAAGCCAGCCAAGAUGGCGGACUACGAUUUGACAACCAAAAUAGCCAAUUUUUUGGACCGGCAUUUGGUUUUUCCUCUCUUGGAGUUCCUGUCUGUGAAAGAGAUUUACAAUGAGAAGGAACUUCUUCAGGGGAAGCUGGACCUCCUCAGCGACACAAACAUGGUGGACUUCGCCAUGGAUGUCUACAGAAACCUGUACCCAGACAAGGAAAUCCCACACUCCUUGAGGGAGAAGAGGAGUACUGUGGUGGCCCAACUGAAGCAGCUCCAGUCAGAGACGGAGCCCAUUGUCAAGAUGUUCGAGGACCCGGAGACCACGCGGCAGAUGCAGUCCACGAGAGACGGGAGGAUGCUGUUUGAUUACCUGUCAGAGAAACACAAUUUUCGUCAAGAAUACCUGGACACGCUGUACAGGUACGCCAAGUUUCAGUACGAGUGUGGUAACUAUUCUGGGGCUGCUGAGUACCUCUACUUCUUCCGUGUCUUGGUUCCCUCCACAGACAGAAACGCCCUGAGCUCUCUGUGGGGGAAACUGGCCUCCGAGAUCCUGAUGCAGAACUGGGAAGCAGCCAUGGAGGACCUCACCCGACUACGGGAGACAAUUGACAACAAUUCCGUGAGCUCUCCACUCCAGUCACUCCAGCAGAGGACGUGGCUCAUCCACUGGUCCCUUUUUGUCUUCUUCAACCACCCCAAAGGCAGGGACAACAUCAUCGAGCUCUUCCUCUACCAGCCUCAGUAUCUGAAUGCCAUCCAGACAAUGUGCCCACACAUCCUGCGAUACCUCACAACCGCAGUCAUCACCAACAAAGAUGUGCGGAAGCGCCGACAAGUGCUGAAGGACUUGGUGAAAGUCAUCCAACAAGAGUCGUACACGUACAAAGACCCGAUCACAGAAUUUGUGGAGUGUCUCUACGUGAACUUUGACUUUGACAGCGCCCAGAAGAAACUCAGGGAGUGUGAGUCGGUCCUUGUGAACGACUUCUUCCUGGUCGCUUGCCUUGAGGAUUUCAUCGAGAAUGCCCGUCUCUUCAUCUUUGAGACCUUUUGUCGGAUUCAUCAGUGCAUCAGCAUCGGCAUGCUGGCUGACAAGCUCAACAUGACGCCCGAGGAAGCAGAGAGGUGGAUCGUCAACCUCAUCCGUAACGCCCGACUCGACGCCAAGAUUGACUCCAAACUGGGUCAUGUGGUGAUGGGAAACAACGCGGUGUCGCCGUACCAGCAGGUCAUCGAGAAGACCAAGAUUCUGUCCUUCCGCAGCCAGAUGUUGGCAAUGAAUAUUGAGAAGAAGUUGGCCCACAGCAACAGGAACGAGACUCCAAACUGGGCUGCUCAGGACACCAGCUUCUACUAAAAUGAAGACGAUUGUCCAGAGGAGAGAGACGAUGAAGCACCUUUAUUAUAGUAUUAUUAUUUUAUCCAUUCUUAUCUUGUUACUGAUAUUUCAACUCCUGCAACAGAAAACACAUUCUUAACUUAUUAUCAUUUGUUACACAUUAUUAUCCGCAUCUAAACCUACUUCCUUAUUUGAUAUUGGUUUGGUUAAUAUUACUAUUAUAUUAAACAUGUUUUUGCCUCUUA